AAGGCAAGAUGGUGAGUGACUAAGGGUUUCUUUCCGCUGGUCGUCGCGGUGCGAUGGGGUCUCAGCGGCGUGAGGCGAGAGAAAGAGGCGGCUGCCCGAGGAACUGGGACAGCCCUCUUCUCCUCCUGUCGGCCUGAUCUUCUCGGCGGGUGGAGGCUCCCAGAGACCGCGCUCAGGUCCACCGCGGGCCGGGGCCGACCAGCGGGCCUUGCCCGGGGGUCCUGGGGCCGGGGCUCAGCGCAGAGAGAGGGUCUCCUGCGUGGUCUUGUGGGGCGGCAGAACGGAUCAGGUCGCUGGCUUUGCUGCUCCGCCGACCAGGGCUUUGCUGAUCGGCGCUGGGAGUUUCGGGGGCGCCUCCUCGAGUCACCGGGAAAAAUGCUUUUUGAGUCGGGCAGGUGAAGGGUGCUGGAGAAGAGGGUGGGAUUCAUUCCACCUGAGGAGUUGAGCGCGGAGUCGUGGAAGGCCUUUCGGAGCUGGGGGCAUUUGAAGGAGGCCUUAAAGACGUUGUUAUGACAGGCGGAGCUAAGACGGAAAGGGCCCGUGGUGCAGUAGUAAUAAUAAAAACAGCUAGCAUUUAUUCAUCAAUUCACUAAACAAGUAUUUACUGAGCACUUGGUGUUUUGUUGUUGUUGUUAAACUUUUGGCUAGCUUCUGUUGUAGACACUGAGGAUUGAUUGAAGUCCCUGCCUUCAUAGUGCGUACAUUCUAGAGCAGAAGGCAGACAAUAAUCAGAAAUAUGUAAUAUGUCAGGGGUGGGGUGGUCAUUGUUGUAUGGUUAUUGUAUAGAAAGGGAUAGCUUGGAGGAGUGGCUGCUUUUUAUAGAGUCAGCGAAGGUAGCUCUGAGGAGGUGAAAUUUGAGCGGACCGAAAUUGAGGGAGUAACCCCUGCAGAUGUCUGAGGGAAAUGUGGUCAAGGCAGAAGAUACAGCACGUGCAAAGGACCUGAGAUGGGAAUGUUUAACGUGCAUCAUGAAGGGCAAGAAGGCCAGAUCUCAUAGAGGUCUUUUUUAUUUUUAUUUAUUUAUUUAUUUAUUUUGAGACAGUCUUGGUCUGUCGUCCAGGCUGGAGUGCAGUGGCGCGAUCUCCGCCUCCCGGGUUCAAGCGAUUCUCCUGCCUUAGCCUUCCAAGUAGCUGCGACUAUAGGCGCCCGCCACUACGCCCGGCUAAUUUUUGUAUUUUUGUAGAGACGGCGUUUCACUCUGUUGGCCAGGCUGGUCCUGAACUCCUGACCUUAUGAUCCGCCCGCCUCGGCCUCCCAAAGUGUUGGGAUUACAGGCGUGAGCCACCGCGCCCGGCCUCAUAGAGGUCUUAUACGGAUUUCUGGGUAGUAUUCUAAGCAUGUACCAAGUACUUUUCCAGCAUUUUCUCAUUUAUUACAACAGUUCCCUCGAGGUAAUUACUACUGUCCUCAUUUUGAUAAGGAAGAAAUGGAAACACAGUAAGUGGCUGUGCUGGAACACAAACCCCAUCGUUUUUUUUCUAGAACAGUAGAGAAACACCCAGGUUUUGGCAUUCAGCAAACCUGAGUGUGAUUCCUGGCUCCAUCUCUGACAAGCUUUGUGACAACAGGGUCAAAGUCAGAGUGGUGGUCAUGGUCCUGGAGGUGGCAAGAAGGAUGACAAGGACAAGAAAAAGAAAUAUGAACCUCCUGUACCAACUAGAGUGGGGAAAAAGAAGAAGAAAACAAAGGGACCAGAUGCUGCCAGCAAACUGCCACUGGUGACACCUCACACUCAGUGCCGGUUAAAAUUACUCAAGUUAGAGAGAAUUAAAGACUAUCUUCUCAUGGAGGAGGAAUUCAUUAGAAAUCAGGAACAAAUGAAACCAUUAGAAGAAAAGCAAGAGGAGGAAAGAUCAAAAGUGGAUGAUCUGAGGGGGACCCCGAUGUCAGUAGGAACCUUGGAAGAGAUCAUUGAUGACAAUCAUGCCAUCGUGUCUACAUCUGUGGGCUCAGAACACUACGUCAGCAUUCUUUCAUUUGUAGACAAGGAUCUGCUGGAACCUGGCUGCUCGGUCCUGCUCAACCACAAGGUGCAUGCCGUAAUAGGGGUGCUGAUGGAUGACACGGAUCCCCUGGUCACAGUGAUGAAGGUAGAAAAGGCCCCCCAGGAGACCUAUGCAGAUAUUGGGGGGUUGGACAACCAAAUUCAGGAAAUUAAGGAAUCUGUGGAGCUUCCUCUCACCCAUCCUGAAUAUUAUGAAGAGAUGGGUAUAAAGCCUCCUAAGGGGGUCAUUCUCUAUGGUCCACCUGGCACAGGUAAAACCUUGUUAGCCAAAGCAGUAGCAAACCAAACCUCAGCCACUUUCUUGAGAGUGGUUGGCUCUGAACUUAUUCAGAAGUACCUAGGUGAUGGGCCCAAACUCGUACGGGAAUUGUUCCGAGUUGCUGAAGAACAUGCACCGUCCAUCGUGUUUAUUGAUGAAAUUGACGCCAUUGGGACAAAAAGAUAUGACUCCAAUUCUGGUGGUGAGAGAGAAAUUCAGCGAACAAUGUUGGAACUGCUGAACCAGUUGGAUGGAUUUGAUUCUAGGGGAGAUGUGAAAGUUAUCAUGGCCACAAACCGAAUAGAAACUUUGGAUCCAGCACUUAUCAGACCAGGCCGCAUUGACAGGAAGAUUGAGUUCCCCCUGCCUGAUGAAAAGACGAAGAAGCGCAUCUUUCAGAUUCACACAAGCAGGAUGACGCUGGCUGAUGAUGUAACCCUGGACGACCUGAUCAUGGCUAAAGAUGACCUCUCUGGUGCUGACAUCAAGGCAAUCUGUACAGAAGCUGGUCUGAUGGCCUUAAGAGAACGUAGAAUGAAAGUAACAAAUGAAGACUUCAAAAAAUCUAAAGAAAAUGUUCUUUAUAAGAAACAGGAAGGCACCCCUGAGGGGCUGUAUCUCUAAUGAACCAUGGCUGUCAUCAGGAAAAUGGUUGGGAGAUUUCUCAAUCCCUGAAAGGGAUGAGGUUGGGGGAGUUGCCCAGAGGAAUCCCUGUUCCCACUGAUUUUUAUUAGCAAAACAUCCUGUGUCUUUUAGAGUACGAUGUGUAAGUGCCCAUUGGGUGGCCUGUUGGUCACUGUGCAGCCGUCUGCUUCCCAAUAAAGCGUGCUCUUUCACAAGCA